AUGUCGUCCGGAAAGGGCACCCGCCUGAGAGGAAUCGGCGGCGGGUGGGAGUGUUGCCUCAACCCCCGACGUUCCGUCCAGUUGUAUGCCAAUGCCGCUGCCGAACCAACAAGUAAGCACGUAAACGUCAAAAUCAACACAGCCGUCGUCGGCAAGCUCUCGUCGCCAAGAGCCGUCUAUGCCUCUACCGUUCUGGUCCCUGCGGCUCGCGAGCGUAUCCCCAUCGACCUCCACGCCGCUCCACGGUGCAUUGUGUGCGCAGAGGAGAAACGCAAGAACAAGACGGCCGAGCGGCAUCCUGCUCUCUGGCCGGUGGGGAUGAACCUGUGA